ACACAGUGACUCGAGGCAGCGCAGAGAAAUAGAGAGAGGAAAGAGAGAGAGGGAGAAAUAGAGAGUGAGAGGAGGAGUGAGUGGUGGGCCAAAGUUGGGGUGUGUGACUGCUUGGUGUUGUGAGCAGUCAGGCCCUGUAGCCGAUGGUGUCUAGCAGUAGUAACAGUAGUGUAACUGGGUUUAUGGAUACACAGGCUCUGUAAAAUGAACACCUUCUUUGUUGCAGUCCUGGUUCAGAUGCACGUCCUGCUGACAGGGGUGUGUGAGGCCCUGAACGUGACCGUGACCCCGGCGCCGGUCGUCAUGGUAACAGAGGGGGCCAAUCUGACGCUGUCGUGCCUGGUGUCACAGAGGAAGAGGGUAAACAGCCUCCUGGUCCUCCGCUGGCUCUACUCUCCUCCCCCACCUCUCCCUCCGCCUUCCCCUCCUCUUCCUCCUCUCCCUCCACCCCCCUCUCCUCCACCUCUUCAACCCCCAGAGGUGCUGAUUGUCAAGGUGACGAUGAAGAGGACUAAGCUGUAUGGGAACUUCACGCGCAGGUUCCCACAGCGCAAGUUCCACCUGUACGAGGAAGUGGAGGGGGAGGUGUACCGCCUGUCGGUACUCAACGUGACAGGGACUGACGGAGGCUGCUACACCUGUAGAGUCCAGGAGAUACGCAAACACAGAAACAUCUGGAGGGCUUCGUCCAAUGGCACCGCAGCCACCCAUCUUACAGUUCACGUCACUCCUGAGGAAAGCAGCAGUGAAGGGGUGUGGCGUAUGUUUGAAGAUGUGUACCUGUGUGCAGUGUUGAUCUGCUCCCUGGGUCUGCUCUCCAUGUUUCUGUUCACUCUGGUUCUGGCCUGCCAGUAUCUUCACACCAGACACAGGCUCAAAGCCAGUUACUACCUGGUUAAGAGCCCAGACAGCAGCUCUGGGGAAACAGUGACCAGCUCAAUUAGCUCCUCCAGCUCCUCCCCUGGGACACACAGGAAAGAGCUGAGACACAAGAAGCAGGAGAGGAGAGACAAAUCAAAUGUACUCAGAGAGCCAGAGGAAAGACCCCCGUACAUACUAACUAAAGCACCUGCCAUUUCUCACCGACCACGGAAACCCAGACGGUUAAAGAACAAACCACAGAGAUCCAUCACACCACGGGUGUGUGAGACAGACACUCUGACAUAUGCAGAACUGGAGCUGGUCAGACCAAAACCUGUGGAGCCUUCCUCCCCUCCUGCAACCACUGCCUCUGCCCCAGCCCCAGCUUCUCCCAGCCUCGCGUCCCCAGCCUCCAGCCCUGACACCAUCUACGCUCAGAUCCUCUUCCAGGAGAAACAAAUGUAGAGAGAUGAAGCAGUAGAUACCACAGGCACCUCUGAGGAACAUCGCCAAAGAGACCCUUGAAUCCCCUGAGAUCCUCUCAAAACAAAAUCCUCUAUUUAUGAAACUUUUGCGUACAUACUUGCCUUACAAUGCCAGAUGCAACACAAGACUGUGUGUUAAUACAACAAGUUUAAACAAGGAGGCAUCCAGAUAAUUAAAUUGAUUAUGAUUGAAAUGUUACAGGAAAUCUAAUGUAGGUUAGGUAACCAACAGCAAUGACUGGUACAGUAAUAAUACUCAACCAUCUCAUUUUAACCUGUGAAACUUUUAGAAAGACUUUUCAAUCAUGUUACACAUAUUACCUGUUUAAAUAAACAGAUAUACUGUA